UCUGUUCCAGGAGCAGCCAUGGAGAAGAGUUACAUGUCCGUGUUCCUGCUGCUCGUUGCCAUCUCCUGCGCCCUGGCAAAAGAUGUGGGCAAGAAGGACGCAAAGCAGACUACCGCGAAACCAAAACUGCCUCAGACACUCUCCAGAGGCUGGGGAGACCAGCUCUUCUGGACCCAGACGUACGAGGAAGCCCUCUUCCGCGCCAAGCACAGCAACAAACCCCUGAUGAUCAUCCACCACUUGGAGGACUGCCCGCACAGCCAAGCCCUCAAGAAGGCCUUCGCUGAAGAUAAAGAAAUACAGCAAUUGGCUGAAAAAUUCAUUCUCCUGAACCUUGUGUACGAAACCACAGACAAGAAUCUUGCACCUGACGGCCAGUACGUCCCUCGGAUUAUGUUCAUAGAUCCUUCCCUGACUGUGAGAGCAGAUAUCACUGGAAGAUACUCAAACCGUCUCUACGCAUACGAGCCCUCUGACAUUUCGUUGUUGCACUCCAAUAUGCAGAAAGCGCUGAAGCUCCUGAAGACUGAACUGUAAAGGGAAGGAGGAAGCCCUAAGAUACUACGAUGUCUCAUCUUCCAUCUCUUCUCCGCUCCCUGAAACUGGUGAAGAGACUAUUUAGUGAUAUUUAGUGACAUGUAGCGCUGGGUUGUAUACAUAAACACUACAGUUUUACAUUAGCACUUUUGUACUGGGCAGCAUUUUUAAAAGCUGGAGGCUUUUAAUUUAAGGCAUACAGAGGAGUACUGUAUGAUCCAACUGUAAAAAUGAUUUUUUUAAAAAUAAAUCCAUUUCAAGUGUUUACAUAC